GUAGGAGCGUUUCUAUUGGCUAUGGGUUGCUUUAUUCUGACACGUAUCCGGUCAGACCUUGCGAGUGAAACGCAAAGAAAGUCUGUCAUCCAUUGAAGGCCAUGAUGGCUGGCUGUGCUACACUUGACGUGAGCAGUCAGCUCUCUGGACGUGAGGAACACAGAGUAGAAGACUGUGGAGGAGAUUCAGACAAGGAGGAAGGAGAUGGUUUGACGGACGCUAAGAGAGAAGUGUUGGAGAGAUGUCUUCACGCCCUCAACCACGCUAAGAAUGACAGCCACACGUUAGCUGCACUUCUCUUGAUCACACGUUUGUGCCCUGCUAGCCAACUGGACAAACCCACCUUGAGACGCAUCUUUGAAGCCGUGGGUGUCAAUCUUCCCGCUCGGCUACUGGUCACUGCGGUGCGGGGAGGUGGGGAACCCGGCUUGCCCCCUCACGAGCUCCUCUCAUUGGGUACGGCUCUGUUGUCUGCCCUGAGCACGGAUUCAGACAUGGCCUCGCAGCCUCAGCUCCUCGCUACAGUCCCGCUACUGCUGGAAAUCCUAGCACAUGGUCCCACCAACCUGGAACAGACACAGAACCCACAUGGAAGGAUGGAGAAAGUUCCGGAAAGCAACGCUGGCAAUGAGGCUAAGCAAAAUGGUCAUGAUGCAAUGAAUGCACCUGAAGUAACCGCAUCUCCUGCAAAGCUUGACGAGGCCAUGGCUUCCGACUGCUACCAGGUGCUGACAGCUGUGCACGCCCUUCCCAGAGGUCCCGAGCAGCUCUUGAGUCGGGGUGCUGUUCCUGCUCUAUGCCAGGCCGUGAAACAGAACCAGACCUUCAGCCAGAAGAUGGCUAUUCCUUUACUUGUUUGUCUUCUGUCCGGUAAAACCAAAGACAAAGUGUGGAGCAAACACUCACCAGAACUGUUGACUCUGCUGGUGACGAUGUCCAAAGACUUCUGCACAGCGACAGGCCAGACCAGAUUGGAUAUGUGCUCCCAGUUGGUCCAUUUUCUACCCCCGGCGGGGGGAGCGGUAGAAAAGGAGACACUGAGGGAAGUCGUAAGCCGAGUGUGGGGGGAAUUGCGACCUAUGAUGCAGGCCAAAAUGACACCAAGACAAAUCGGGCCAGUGUUGGUCCUCAGUGCUUGUCUGCUUGAUUUAUCCGGAUGGGAGCUAGCCGGACCGCCAAAGUUCUGCUGCUUACUGGUGAAUCGGGCUUGUGUGGAGGUCAGAAUGGGUUUGGAGGAGCCGCCUGACAACGAUCUGAGCCGAGAGCUGCAGGACACACUCACAGGUUGCUACCGGAUCAUGGAGGCCGCCAUCGAGCAGGCCUGCAGCCCAGCCGUCACACCCGCGGCGGCACCGGCUCAGGGUGCUGUCUCCAGCCUCAGUCUCCAGCAGAGCAGGCAGGUCCUCGGCGUACUGGAGGAGGCCUUCUCGGCUUUAAUGUAUCACCUGCAGCAGGUGGACUCUACCCGUUAUGGUGAACCUUUUAUUUUCGCCACAUUCCGCUGCCUGUGCUCAUGGCUGGCUGAGGAGACUUCCUGUCUGAAGGAGGAAGUGACCAAGGUGCUGCCGGUCCUCAUCGAGUACUCAAGGAGCCACCUGCUGACCGAGAGCUCCGAGCUGGGCCUCUCCGACUGGAUGGACAAGAUGUCUGUUGCUGAUGCGAGCGGGUCGUGGACGGGCAAAGAGGCGCUAAGGUACCUCCUGCCGGCUCUGUGUCAUCUAUCUGCCGAGGAAGGUCCCCGUAAGGUGCUGCUCACCCUCGACACCCCGGCCUUGUUGGUGAAGUACCUGUCGCACGGUUUCAGUUCCUUGAAGGGGAAAAAUGCAGCGUCCUUAGCGAGGGACCCCAGCAUGGAGACAGCCUGCUCGGCUCUCCUUAACUUUGCCGUCACUGAACCUGAAAGAGUCAGGAAGGACCAAUCUUUCAGAAGUCUGGAGACGCACUUAAGUGAAGCACUUCCUGUUUUGGUGCACAAACAGAGCCUCCUUGUUCUUGCAGCUAAUUACUGCACUUUGGGUUUGAUGAUUGGCAGGCUGAAAUCAGCUCCGACAGGUUCAGCUGAGGCAGGUCAGAGGCGUUUCUUCUCCACUGCCCUCCGCUUCCUCCACAGCGCUUUAGACUCGGACCCCAGCCCGGGACCAGCCAAGCUGAGCCCCGCCUGGGAGGAUAGCUGGGACGAGGUGGCCGAGCUCUGGAGGUUGGGUGUGCAGGCCCUGGGAGGCUGCGUGCGCGCUCAGACUUGGAUCACGGUGUUGAUCCGAGAGGAAAAUUGGCUGAGGAACACGCUGGGCAUCCUGGGGCCAUGUAGCGCGCUGCCGGACCAGCACACGCAGGAGGCGCUGGAGGAGGCGCUGUGUGCUGUGGCGGACCGGUGCCCUCUCUCCAAACAGGACAUUGGUGAUGCAAUGAGGAGAUACGAUAAAGGAGCUUUGAGCUGCAUGAGGAACCUGAAGAAGGCUGUGGGAGUAAAAUGAAGGGGGAAAAAAAACAAUUAAUAAAAAUAACUCAAGCUAAGGUGCAGCAGUCUCAUAUGGAUAAGUGUUGUACCAAAUAUUAAUUACACGUCUUGUACUUGAAUGACAUUUAAUAAAGAGUUAUUUUCUUAUGGAACAUGAACCCUUGCUA